UGUGUGUGUGCGAUAUUAACUUGUGGUAUGCGUUUCACGGCGUGCAGAGGUGUGUCACCUGUUGAGGCAGGUGUGUGCAAAGAGAAAGAUAGAGGUGUGUGUGUGUUUGCGGUAUCAGUACUGGGCUCUGUCUCGCAUGGCAACAGCUCUCGUCGCUUUUAGUCCUUUCGCCUCGUCUCUUCUUCCUUUUUCGUCCCAUUGGAUUUGGAUGUUUUUGGCAACUCUCGGAGGACAGCGGACGUCGGUAGGCUUGUGAAUGGAGCUUUGAUCACUAAUUCACCAACGACGACGCCACAGAAACCAAACUCUGAAGUCACAUCAGCUGUCCAUUAACUAAGCAGCCCAUUCGCUGAUUGACAUCUCAUGGUGUCAUUCUUCUGUAGUCGAACCAUCUGCUAAAAACAAAAUCAGCGUGAACCUGAGUUUGGGACGUUGUCUUGGUAUUGACCGAACAUUGCGGUGGUGAUACUCCAGAGGGACCUCGACCUACAGGCCUCCCUCCAGAGGAACUCGGUGGGACCACCACCAAAAGGAACAUGUGCUAGAAGUUGAACAUCUGUCCUGAACGACCGGUCAGCUUUGACUCUAGAAGAUGAGCAAUGAGGAUGAGUUCUACGACGCCGUCACAGGCCUGGAUUCGGACGAGUCGUACGAGGGCGUGUCGGAGGCCAGUUUCAAAGAUGCACAAGUGUUUGAUAGCAGCAGCAGUCAGAAGAACAAUGGAUCAGUACCGCAGGAGAACGGCAUCAAGAAACACAGGAAAUCUCUACCUGCACCCAUGUUUUCCAGAAACACUAUCAGUGUCUGGAGUAUCCUGAAGAAAUGCAUUGGACUGGAACUGUCCAAGAUCACGAUGCCCAUCGUGUUCAACGAGCCUCUGAGCUUCCUGCAGAGAAUCACUGAAUACAUGGAACACACUUACCUCAUCAACAGAGCCUGCUCGCUGUCGGACUCCAUAGAGCGCAUGCAGGCAGUAGCUGCUUUUGCUGUGUCAGCAGUUGCAUCUCAGUGGGACCGAACUGGAAAACCCUUCAACCCUCUGCUGGGGGAGACCUACGAGCUCACCAGAGAGGAACAGGGCUUCCGGCUGGUGUCGGAGCAGGUUUCCCAUCAUCCUCCAGUCAGUGCCUUCCACGCCGAGAGCCUGGUCGGGGACUUCGUCUUCCACGGCUCCAUCUACCCCAAACUCAAGUUCUGGGGCAAGAGUGUUGAGGCAGAGCCUAAAGGGACCAUCACACUAGAGCUUCUCAAGCACAAUGAGGUGUACACAUGGAGUAACCCUUACUGCUGCGUGCACAACAUCAUCCUGGGCAAGCUGUGGAUAGAGCAGUAUGGCACCGUGGAGAUAGUCAACCACAGCACUGGAGACAAGUGUGUGUUGACCUUCAAGCCAUGUGGGAUGUUUGGCAAAGAGCUGCACAAAGUGGAGGGAUACAUCCAAGACAAGAGUAAAAAGAAGCUGUGUGUCAUCUACGGGAAGUGGACCGAGUGCAUGUGGAGUGUCGACCCUCAGGCGUACGAGGCCCACAAGAAGUCGGAGAAAAAAGGAGAUAACAAAAAGCAUAAAAAUGAGGAGCCUGACGGAGCUGAGAACGACGAUGCCGACGACAUGCCCGAAGUCCAGGAGACGGUGUCCGUUGUACCAGGAAGCACUCUGCUGUGGAGGAUAGACUCCAGACCAGCACACUCUGCAACGAUGUACAACUUCACAAACUUUGCAAUGUCUCUCAAUGAGCUGGAGCCCGGCAUGGAGGCCAUCUUGGCGCCCACCGACUGUCGCUUCAGGCCCGACAUCAGAGCCAUGGAGAACGGCAACAUGGAAGAGGCGAGUAAGGAGAAAGAGAGGCUGGAGGAGAAACAGAGAGCAGCCAGGAAGGAGCGAGCCAAGAGCGAUGAGGAGUGGUCUACUAGGUGGUUUCAGAUGGGUACCAACCCCUUCACAGGCUCCCAGGAGUGGAUCUACAGCGGUGGCUACUUUAAUAGGAACUACCAAGACCUGCCUGAUAUCUACUGAUAGCCUGCUAGCCUUCAUCCUCCUCCUCCUCCUCCUCCCCCUCUUCCUCCUCUUGGACAGAAAUGAUAAGAACCCACAUACCCAUGUUUACUUCUGUGUCCAUCUCACGGCCUUCACCCGGCGCAGAAACACUUCCGAAGGAGCCAGAUGCCCGUCACUUGGUGCCUACUGAGUCCACAAAGUGUUUCUCUUUUUUUCACUUGGAAACGACGAACCACCUCCACGUCAUCUGGAGGUUUCUUCCCCCCUAACGACCAGCAAACGCCUCCCGUCUCUCUGCCCCAGCACCGUUCAGAGCACAAUAACCGUUUUACUCCCGACCAAUCCCAGCGGCGGCAGAGAGUCGGCCACGUUUUAACAGCUGCGGUCUGAAUGUUUUAACAUCUUUGCAAUCAAACUCUUUUUUUUUUUUUUCUCCGAGGAACUGCUGGCUAAGCCUGUGGAACGGCAGCGUUUAAAAAUGUAUGAGUAGAAAUUAACUAAAAUAUUGUAAUGGCAGCGAUGGAUUUAUGGACUCGAACAGACGCCCAGUCAACGGGGAAAUCAGGGACGUGAACGCUCCUUUGACUGAAGACGGAUCGUGAGGAUGCUUCUUCUUCUUUUUUUUUUUUUUUGGAAACUUUUAAAGACUCAAAUACUCAAAAUAAAUAUAAGUGACAUAUUAAAGAACUAAUUUAUAUAAUGUUGGUUAAAUUGGUCGACACAAAUCAAACACAAGCAUGAACUCACUACUGUCCAUGCGGCGUAUACUUCAAAUAUUUUACUCUCCCGUUAGCCUUGUAGUCGAGGGUUAUGUCUCGAAAUAAAUCAAGAAAACUACUAAAAAAAGAGAAAAGGAUGUUCUGUUGACUGCUUGAUUGGGACCAGACCUCUCGAGCUAAUGGAAACACAUGAAUGAGCACAGCAAACACACUUCACUGGUGUCUUAACACUUAGCCUUCAGCAUGUGCGCGAGGAUAGCUUCAGGAGAAAACGAUCGACGAACAAUCCACACUGCUAAUGUGAAUUCAUUCUGCGCAGGCUUCUGACAGACAAAAAGUUCUGAAAACAUCGAGUCACCGGCUGCUAGAGCUGAGGCUUACUGAUGCUCAGAUUUCCAUCCUCCAGUUCAUUGUCUUUACAAGGAACAUCUCUUCAGCGCUGCUUCUCCUGCACAUCUGUGAUUAGGCCUCCACAGGCCGGUCAGAGGAGCUUCAAGCUGAGCCGUCAGGAGUCACCUGCAGCCGACUGAUAAACCUGAAAACCCAGAAAUGUGCGAGAGCCUGAUGUUCUGCACCCGCUUGUGCAUGUAAACCUGAUCCUGGACGACUAAACGGACCCCUGCAGAGUAAAUAUUUAAUCACCAGAUUGGACGUAAAUCUCCAUCUGUGGUAAACCGAAUAAUAGAUAAUCGAUGGAGGUAACCCUGACAAUACAUACAUCAUGUAAAGCCAUAUUAAUUAAAGGAGCGAGUGCUGUACGAAUGAGACUCAGAAAUAUGACAGUUUGACAUUAUUAUUAUUAUAAUUAAUCUCAUCAUUAGUGUACUAUAACGCCGCUGUAGAUAUUCUGCUCUUUGAUUGGAUGGAUUUGUGGAGGGGCCUGAGGUCAGAGGACCUUCAGGUGUCACUGAAAGAAACAAAUAAAACCAGACCGACUCGAAAUGGCUAAAAAAGAAAAGCUAGCAGACGUCAGAGGAACGUAAAACAGGCGUCCAUCGCUUUGAGUCUCAUCUCCAGACAAAAUGCACUAAAAAGGAGGAAGGAAAUAAAAGUUCCUAAUGAAUAAAAUACAAAGCUCAAUGUACAAAAAGAAAAAGCUAAUUCGAUGAGAAAACCUGUGUUUUUUUCUCUGCAUGUUUAGAUCUACACCACUAAUGAGCUACAACCUUACAACUCCACCCAUCGAAUAUAUUUAUUUAAUUUCAUUCCAGCUGACUCAAAUUUUCAUUCAGUUUCGGAGAUAAAAAGCUCAGAGAUGGACAGAUUUUUUUUACUUCCCUCGAUGGCAUAUCUGUGUUGAUGUAUGCUGAAUUUAUCGUCCUCUCAUGCAGCUAUUUGCUCGCGUUGAAGCGGAUUCAGUGUUCUAACGUUUUGAUUAAUCGACAAAUGUGUGAUGAAGCAGUUGAAACUCUGCAGAUUACCUUCACUCCAUGACGCACAUUUCACAUCAGGCCGACUCGUGCUGGUGGAAAAUGUGAAUAUUUGAUCCUUUAUUAUUAUUAUGACCACCACGGAUAAACAGUGCAACGAAUCUACAGAAGUUAAAUCCUCACUAUUUUAUUGCAGUUCGUCUGCUGCCGUCACGUCCUCACCGGUGCAUUUACUCCGAAUUCGAAAAACCCAACUCUAUGCAACUUCUGCAGCGCAACACCAACAGCACCUGAUCUGUUAUUGUACAGUCGCUUUACAUUCCUCUCACCCCCCUCAGCUCCAAUAAUCACAUGUAUCUCUUAAAUAUUAGUUUAUUUUUUAAUAUAUUCCAGAUGAUUGGAAACUACUUGGCACUACAGCUAGUUGUCACAUCUUCCCCUUUACUUACUUUUGUGUUGGUUUUUAAAAAAAAAAGAUUUCGUGUCAUGCUUAGUGCCUGCGUUUGUCAGCUUGUCAUUCCAUUUUUUUUUUUUUAUUCAUGUGUAUUAUUUAUGAUGUUUGAGGUUUUAUGAAUGAUUUCUGAUGUCAUUGUCAAAGUUCUUUGUUUUACCUAAAUCCCCACAAGUCUAAUUCGGCCUUGAAUCCACCAGUGGGAACUCACGUGAUCUGAUUUGCUAGCCAGCCCAGUACGUAGGUUCCAUUUUUCAAACAUCUGGCUGCCUCAAUUUACAAGUAAUCUGUUUAAUUUCAUGCCUAGAAAAUCACAGUUUAGUUUUGUGUAGUUGUAAAGCUGUCCUGCAGACACUACUUGAAGUGAAAUCGAACACUCAUCGAAUGCUAGCGGCAGGUGAAACGAUCGGGGCAGCUAGCACACGUACAAAACAGUCCCAUUAACCAGAUUUAGGCUCCGUCAGCUCCACCACUAACCUUAACUAGCUCCUGGUUUCAUGUCGCUUCCAGUGUUGGUUCUUUCUAUUAAAAGUGUCUUCUGUUGAAUUAUUUUUUUUCCUCUCUCGAAACUUUCACGUGGUUGACGAUGUUAUGUACAAGUGUUGCACAGAGGUAAUCACAAACAAAAUGGCAUAUUAUUUUGUGCAAUUGAUUUAUUUUUAUAGUAUUUAAACAGUUUUUUGGUGAGAACAUUGUACCAGAUGUUUUAUUUUGAGGUGGGGGACUGUAAAGGGGGUCGUAUCCAUACUGUGGACAGCUUGGUAGAUUAAUGAAUGGGGGAAAUGUCUACUAAUAAAAUCCUAAUUUCAGUUUUCGA